AUAUUACUUAACGCGUGCAUGUGUUUGCCUUUAUGUGUUAACUUUGGGGAGUCCGGAUUUGCGGCACUAUGGUAUAUUAAGAUUUAUAGAUAAUCCUUCUGCCCCACUAUUGCACCGAUCUUCAGUGUAUAAGAUCGACAGCACAGCGUUCAUUAGACGUUUGUUAAUUAAGCUAAUAAGUACCUUGCGAUAUAUUGUACAGUGACUAACGACAUGGCAAAACGAAAAACGGAUAGCAGCUGUACCAAUUCCGAAUCAUGUAAAACAAGUAAUUCGUGCAAAUUUGUAGAGAAACAACUUCUUCUACCUACAAUAUAUAAAUUAAAUCUUUCUUUUGGUAAGAAAGUAAUUAUCGGAUUUGAAGAGGAUGAACAAAGUGGCGAUUUAUAUCCAGCGGCUCGUUUAAUCGGAAAAGAUUUUAUUGGCGUGUCAUUUAAAACAAAUGCCUGGUAUAAUUUCCAGAAAGAUUUUAACACUAUAUCCGAAUAUUUUGAUACGACUGAUGACGUGGCUGAGAAAAUGCGUGAUCAGCAAUUUAUAAAAGAAGAUUUCUUACUACUAUUCACAAUUUCAUAUGGUCAACGAUCUAUAAUUAUUGAGGGUUUGCAAAACUACUGCAGGGAAGAGCCUGAUAUACAAAAUCGUCAAGACGCUGCAAAAAAGAGAAGAAAAUUUAACCCCUGGGCAAUAAUAAUCCAAAAAAACACUUUUGAUAAUCUUAAAGAAAUAUGUGUAUGCAUUAAUGAACGCUUGAAAAAACUUGAAGCAAUCACUGAAUGCGUCAAUUAUUGUAAAGAUAUUUUAAUCAAGCGGAUAAAUAUAGAAGUGUCAAAAAAUGAUUUUAAAAUGGAUUUACAUUCCGUAACGCAUUUUAUUAAAACUGUACGUAGUAUUCUUGAAAAACAGAUUUGUAACGAAGUAAAUAUAAAAUAUCCGAUAUUUGCCGAGCAAGAAUUCCACAUUAUUUUUCUCGAGCUAACAACGAUAUACAGAACUUACACCGCCCAAAAAGUUAUCAAUGCUGCGAUCAAUACAUCGGUUUUAGAGUAAAUAAACCUGGUUACGCCGCUGUGUUCAUGUGUAUAAUACCUGGAUACCGAGCAUGCUUUCCAACUGGUUAAAAAAAAAUUAAUUUAUAAAAAUUACUUUGAUUAUUAAACAAACUACAUAAAUUACUGUAUUUUUUAAGAAUAUAUAAUAAAUAUAUAUGUUUAAUAAAUGUUUAAUAAUUGUGUAUUUUUAAAAACAACCUCUCAUAAAUUAGCUUAAAAACAGUUAUAAGUCUUAAGAAAUUAAAAAAUCAAAAUUGGUCGAUAGAGUAGUAGUAGUAGUAGUAGUAGUAGUAAGUAUUCCCUCUGUAUAAUCGUAAAUUUAUUAAAGCUCUAGCAUUAAUAAGAUCAAAGUAAGAUAACAACACCGAUCGC